GCCGCCGUCCCGGGCGGGAAGGAUUGAUGAGGCCGAGAGCGGCCGCGCCGCCGCCGCCAUGCAGCCGCCGCCGAGGAAGGUGAAAAUUACUCAAGAGCUGAAACUCAUUCAGGCCGAGCAGAUGACAAAACUUCAAGCUAAGCAUCAGGCAGAAUGCGACUUACUUGAAGACAUGAGGACAUUCAGUCAGAAGAAAGCAGCAAUUGAGAGAGAAUAUGCACAGGGGAUGCAGAAAUUGGCUAGCCAGUACUUAAAGAAAGAAUGGCCUGGUGUGAAGGCAGAUGAGCGAAAUGAUUUUAGGAGCCUGCAUCCUGUGUGGAAAUCAUUUCUCGAAAGCACAGUGCAAGUGGCUCAGUCCAGACUCAGUAUCUGCGAAAACUAUAAAAAUCUAAUUUCGGAGCCUGCCAGGGCAGUAAAGUGCUUUAAAGAACAGCAGCUGAAAAAGUGUGUGGACCAUCUGAUCAGGAUCCAGACUGAACUUCAAGAGACUGUCAAAGAUUUAGCUAAGGGCAAGAAGAAGUACUUCGAAACGGAGCAGAUGGCUCACGCUGUCCGUGAAAAGGCCGAUAUCGAGGCCAAGUCUAAACUUAGUCUUUUUCAAUCGAGGAUAAGCUUACAGAAAGCAAGUGUAAAGUUAAAAGCACGCAGGUCUGAGUGUAAUUCUAAGGCUACUCAUGCGAGGAAUGAGUAUCUUCUCACAUUAGCAGCUGCAAAUGCACAUCAAGAUCGUUACUAUCAAACAGACUUGGUAAACAUUAUAAAGGCUCUUGAUGGGAAUGUAUAUGAUCAUCUUAAGGAUUAUUUAAUGGUAUUCAGCAGGACUGAAUUAGAAAUUUGCCAAUCUGUACAAAGCACAUUCCAGUUUCUUUUGGAGACUUCAAGCCGGGUAGUGCGAGAUUACAAUUUUCAGCUGUUCUUACAAGAAAAUUCUGUGUUUCAUAAGCCACAGUCGUUCCAGUUCCAGCCCUGUGACAGUGACACCAGUCGGCAACUGGAAUCUGAGACGGGGACAACUGAAGAGCACAGCUUGAACAAGGAAGCCAGAAAGUGGGCUACCCGCGUAGCACGCGAGCACAAAAACAUCGUCCACAGUCAGCGGACUCUGGAUGAGCUGGAAUGCCACGGGCCAGUGGCGACCGAACAGAGCCGAGCAGAGCUAGAGCAGAAGAUAGACGAAACCAGGGAGAACAUUCGCAAAGCCGAGAUCAUAAAGUUGAAAGCAGAAGCUCGCCUUGACCUCCUGAAGCAGAUUGGGGUUUCGGUGGAUAUGUGGCUGAAAAGUGCAAUGAACCAAGUGAUGGAGGAACUGGAGAACGAGCGGUGGGCCAACCUCCCAGCCCUGGCCAAUAACGGCUCCUCACACUUGCUAAAUGUUGACCUAGAAAGGGAAGAAGGAGAAGAGGUGGAAGACGGCAUGGAUGCUUUUGAUGACAGCAACUCCAGUCCUUCUGGCACACUCCGAAAUUACCCGUUGACCUGCAAAGUCGUUUAUUCAUACAAGGCUUCGCAGCCAGAUGAAUUAACCAUUGAGGAACACGAGGUUUUGGAAGUGAUCGAAGAUGGAGAUAUGGAAGACUGGGUAAAGGCCCGAAAUAAGUCAGGCCACGUUGGCUACGUCCCAGAGAAAUAUUUGCAGUUCCCGACCUCCAGCAGCCUCUUGAGCAUGUUGCAGUCCCUGGCCGCGUUGGACAGCCGGUCUCAUACUUCCAGCAAUUCAACCGAAGCUGAGCUAGUCUCAGGAAGCCUUAAUGGUGACUCCAGUGUCUGUUUUGUAAAAGCACUUUACGAUUACGAGGGCCAGACCGACGACGAGCUCUCCUUUCCCGAGGGAGCGAUAAUCCGCAUCCUGAACAAAGAAAACCAGGACGACGAUGGUUUCUGGGAAGGAGAAUUCAAUGGCCACGUGGGGGUUUUCCCUUCUGUCCUGGUGGAAGAACUGACAGCUUCUGAAAAUGGAGAGGUUCCUCAUAGCGCCGAAGUCCAGGUCUUUCCGUCUCCGAAGCCCCAGAACUCCCUGGCGCCGCUGCCCCUCUACGACCAGCCCCCGACCAGCCCUUUCCCGAGUCCCGACAAAAGAGGAGCGCAGGGCUUCCCACGGUCUCCGUCAGCCAACGUUUCAGAAAACAACUUCGCUUCAAACUCCCCUGGAUUUUCCCAGCCGCCACGACCUCUUCCAGACAGCACUUCGUACGGAAAACUGAGGCCUGUGCGGGCCGCUCCACCACCACCCACCCAACAUCGUAGGCCCCCCGAGAAGAUUGAAGAUGUGGAGAUCACCUUGGUGUGACCGGAGGGAGGAGCCGCCCCACAGUGCUAGAACCCAGGCCAAAUGCUGGUGGUGCUUCGUUCACUGCCCUCGUAAGGCACGUUUGUUUGACGGAGGAGACUUCUUAAAAGAUCGAGGAGAAACAGGGAGAUCUUCCAGGAACACUUGACGUGUUGGUAGAUGCUUCUUCCUGUGGUCGUGGAUAUUUUGUGCCUUUUUUAUUUGCUGUUGUUUGGUUCCACUUUAUAGAUCCACCCUCGUAGCACAAAGCAAGCAGCCAUGCCUUUUCAGCUGGAUGUCAGCUAAUUCUCUCUUUUAAGGGUGCGCCAAAGCAUCUUCCUCCCUGCUGCAGGUGGCCAGUCUGCAAAUUACUGCCGUAUGGUGAUGACACCUAUUGGGGAAAGUGGCCUCACCCCAUCACGGUCUGAUUCAUCCUUCCCCUACCUGGUGACUUCCAGCUGUGGUAGAGCCACGAUUCUCAUCACUACUGCUCAGCGAGCCCACUGGCCUUGUGGGCUGGGGUUGCAGUUUGAACAUCCGGAAGCCACCCUGUUUAGACCAGCGAGUUUCCUUCCUCGGCCCAGAGCAUGUUUCCUUGGCACUUGAGGAGGAAAGAUCGGUAUUACAGUUUGCAGCGGUAACCGCGAAUCACAAGAGGAGUGCUUUUCUGCAUAGGGAGUGUAAUCUGUAGACCAGCUCCAGAUCAUGGCGUAUAUAUACCAUGUGCAUUAGUGCAGAGUAUUACUGUUGUCAUAGGAAUGUAUUGAGAUCUUUUUUUUCCCAACCUCUUCAAGUAGCAUCACGUAUACGAUCAGAACAUACGGAACUGAAAAGGCAGCACAAGUGUGUCGGUUUAGGAAGAGGCUGGCCCCUCUUUUUUUUUUUUUCUCCCCUUUCCUCCCCACACCUUGAGAUGGAAAAAAGAAAAAAGUUCUACAAAAGCAGGGCGGAUCUUAAGGGAGUUAACUAUGGGGCGUGUCCCUCUUCCAGAACGGGCAGUGAAACCUAAUCAUUAUGUUCCCUUCGUACUGAUAUUUAUGGAGUGGAUUAUCUACUGCACAAGUGCUGAAUUCGUAGCAACGUGUUUUCUUAGGAGGAAAUUGAAUAAGAAGGAUUUUCAUUGUAGUGCUGGAAAUAGCCAUUCAUUUCCUUUUGAAACCUUCCUUCCUUCCUUCCUUCUUCCCUGCCUCCCCUCCCCUCCCCUAACUUUAGUUUUCUUUCUUUUACUUUAUCUAACUUCCCCUCCAACCAUCCUUCCUUCUUCCCUCCCUCCCUCCUUCAACUUUGCUCACUUCUCCUAUUAUUGCUGUGUAGUUUAUUCUCUGACAUUCGCAACGUGUCUUAGACAUUGGAACUUCCAGUUAGAGUUCAAGAAGCUGAAUGUUUAGCAUACUGAUCGGUGGCCUCCAACGUUGGGUAGCUCUAGUACCCAUCCCUGUGUGACCCUCAUGGCCACCUCAGACCCAGGGAAUUAAAGCUGGAGAUGGCCGUCAAUUUGUUUUCUCUCAUGCGCUCUGGCACGCACAGAGCUUUGAAAACUCUUCAGCGGAGCCAUUGCUCCCAGUCAUAUCUACAUUGGUUUUGCCAGGUUCAACCUCAACUCUCUUCCAACAGAGUUUUGCAGGACUUUUUGCGAAGCGCGGAUGAAAUGGACAAUCUCUCUUGGGCAGGGAGGCAAGGAAGGGAAAGGGAGUUGUUAUCCCAUCAGCUGGGGGGGGCUCCAUCUUACCACUGUCAAACUGCCGUGGGUCCCCCUCCUGGGGUCGAACCUUGCCAAGGUUGCUCUGCCAUUCUUAAUAGCUUUCUUAGUCAACUUUCAGGGCGAAUGUCACAAGGCAACUUUUAAAACUCUGUUUUUUCUGAGCAGACCACAUUGGUUUUGAAUAAAGGUGAGGUGGUUUUGUCAUUAAGCCUGAGUUAAAGUGAAACAAGACAAAGGGUUGGGAAGAAAUGUAUUUUGCAUUUGGAUCUCUGAGCAGCAAGGUUCAUAUAGGGAAAACUGGUUGGGGUGGGGGGCGGAGGAGGACAUUACAAAAAGGGUAUUGACAGUUUUGAACUUUGGUGCUGGAGAAGAUUCCUGAGAAGACAGUGGACAGCCAAGAAAACAAACAAACAAACAGGUCCAUCCAGAGUUCUCAUUCAAGUCACCAAUGACCAGGCUCAGAUGAUCAUAUUUUGGGCACACCAUGAGAAGACCCAGCUCUCUGGAGAAGUCUAGAAUGCUGGGAAAGGUGGAAGGAAAAAGAAAAAGGGGACGACGUGGAUGGACUCGGUUCUGGUGGCAAUAGGUGCACCAUUGGAAGACCUGAAGGACCAGGUUGGGGACAGGUCCUCCUGGAGCAAAUCAAUGUGGCCACUAGGAGUCAACACUGACUUGACAGCCCAUAAUCCGUCCCAAGUACUUCCCUGCUAAAGGGAUAGAAUGUAUAAACUCACCUGCACAAUGUGUUUAGAGUUCUACCGUAAGUAAGAUUAAACAAGCUCUUGUGUGUCCAUUUCCCCCCCAAUUCCUUGGCUUCAUUUUGUGAAAUCAUUUGAGAAGAGCUUCAUCUUAAACUUUGCACAGAUAAUCUUGGCUGGGUCUAUCCAGAAGACUCCUCUUUCUCUUUCUUCCUUCCCCUUCCUUCCUUCCUUCCUUCCUUCCUUCCUUCCUUCCUUCCUUCCUUCCUUCUUUCUUUCUUUCUUUCUUUCUUUCUUUCUUUCUUUCUUUCUUUCUUUCUUUCUUUCUUUCUUUCUUUCUACAUUUGGCCUACACAAAGGAGGAGCAGAUUGAAACAUAACCAAUUUGUCUGCAGCAGGUGCCAGUAUCUGGUAGAUCCCCUUAAAGGUUUUGGGGUUGUGGGGGCAUGCAUUUUUUGUGCUUUUGAUCUGUUGAGGUCUUUAAGUGUUUAUUAGACUUAUUCUUAAAGUUUUUUUAUUCGGUUUUUUAAGAAAAACUUUACUGCAAACAUUUUUAAAUGUUUCAUGAAAAACAGAAGUGCGUUGCCAAUAAUAUUCCCAUGUUCCUAUUAGUUGGCCAGUUUUUCUGCAUUUUGGGGGGGGUUGGUUUGGUUUUUGUUGUUGCUGUUACUCAGAUUCCCCAAAUUCAGAAAAGUGUUAUUUAAAUAAAAGUUCCUUAGUUAUAUUUUAAAAAUAUUUUCUGUAAGAGCUGCUAAUUUUUAUUUUUAAAAAAGUUGUAAAAUAUGCCUCCUUUUUAAACUUCAUACAGGGCAUGCAAUCAAAUAUAUCAUCCAUGUACAGUGUCAAUAAACUGGAAGCAGCCCCCAAAUGCUUUCUUUAUAUUGGCUGUGUAACUUUGUAUUUAUUAUGUAUAAAAUGUUGAAUAAUAAAAAGUGGCUUUAAAUCA